AUGGGUUUCCCUUUACGCUUCUUAUCAUCAUUGUCGUUGUGCCUCUUGGCCCUCCUCCUCCACCGGGCCAUGGUGACAAGUGGGUGUUUCAGCAUGGAGAGGGAGGCACUGUUGGACUUCAAAGCCGGCAUCCACGACACCCAUAACCGGCUAUCUUCUUGGACGGGUCACCACUGUUGCACAUGGAAGGGAGUGACCUGCGACACCACCACUGGCCACGUCGUCAUGCUCGACCUCCGGAAUACGUUUGAUCGGGCAUUAGGCGGUGAGAGGAUGAUGAACUCGUCAUUGCUUGCUUUAUCACAUCUGGAGCGCCUGGAUCUUAGCUUCAAUGAUUUCAGUGGGAUCCGCAUGCCGGAAUUCAUCGGCUCCUUCAAGAAACUGAGAUACCUCAAUCUAUCUUCUACACGAUUCAUGGGAGGAAUACCUGCUCGGCUGGGGAACCUUUCGAGCCUCUACGUUCUUGAUCUAAGCGUUGCCUUAUACGUCGAUGAUUAUGGAAACGGAUAUCCCGUCGACAACCUCGAGUGGCUCUCCCAUCUCACGUCCUUGAAGCACCUGGACUUGAGCUGGUUGAACCUAACUGGUGUCCCAGAUUGGUUCUCAUCCGUGAACAUGCUGCCAUUCCUCCAAGUGUUAACUAUGUAUGCCGCUGGUCUCAAUACCAUCCCAGCUUCUGUUGUCCACGUCAACUUCACCUCCUCUCUUACCUGGUCUUACCCAUCUUGA